AUUUUGUUUCGAUUUACAAUGUAAAGUCAUAAGGCAGCACAGUAUACGUUUUCCUCCGCUAAGCAGCGAACAUGAAACAGAGGGGGUUUUUGGCGGGGCGCGGACACCUGCUGUGUGGCCCCCUGCAGUGCCUCAUUACUACGCUCCGGCUCGCAGGAACUCUAGAAGUACAGAUGGGAAGUCAGAUGAUAGUAUUCUUGAAUCAAGAUGUUUGGCUUCCAUGUAAUAUAUCUGGAUACAAUAAUCGUGAACUGGAUAUCAAGAAAAUGGCCGUCACCUGGUAUCUGAGGACUCCUGGAGGGAAUGCAGAAAAAAUAUUGUACUCAGUUGUUUCUGGAGAACAUCACUCAAAUAGACAUGGCCUGCAAAUAAAUGGAAGUAAACUACAAAGAGGAAAUGCUGAACUUUUUCUUCCACAAAUACAGCUUAAUGAAGAAGGAACAUAUGUUUGUUCUGUGAUUGUUACCCCAGAUAAAGCUGAAGGAACCAAAAUGAUAGAGAUAGUUGCUAAACCUACUAUCAUCCUGUCUCCCAUGAAAAUUGCUAUAGAAAGAGACAGGGAAAAGACAUUGUCAUGUGCAGUGCAGGAAUUCUACCCUGGUUUGAUUGACAUUCGCUGGCAAAAGGAUUCCAAGGAAACCCAAGAUAAAAUGGUGACUGCUGAAGAAAUUUGCACAGGGUCAUCUGUAGAAAAUGGAGAUGGCACUUUUAAUGUUACUAGUAAAUUAAGGCUUCAGCCAUCUUUAAAAGAUAAUGGAGACAUCUAUAGCUGUAUUGUGGAUCACAAGUCAUUUCCCACAAAGCAAAUUUUCAGUGCCACCUUGACUGUAACAGACCCUCCACAAAAUUUAGGCUGGCUAGCUGGACUGUUUGCCAUAUUGAUAACAACUUCUGUUGUUGCUGCAUUUGUAUACUAUUGGUGGUUUAUGAAAAUUCAACCAACAGUCCUGGCAUUUAUUGGAAAUACAGAACUGAAGCAUAUGGAAGAUUCAGAGCUGCAAUGCUUGAUUUCUGGUUUUCGGCCAAAGCCAUUAGAUAUAGCUUUUUUCAUCACCAAAUCUAACAAUGAAAAACAGAAGAUUUUCUCCUGGAACAGUAAAACAAGUGAUGCUGAAAGCAGAGAUGAACAGUAUCUUCUCCUUACAGAGUACAAGGCUAUUAAAGUUUAUGCAACUUUGAAAGAACAACAACGUUGGAUUUUCCAGGUAUCCUGUAAAAUACAUAUAGUUCCAGAUGUAAAGCAGCUGGAUAAAUUUGAACUUUCACUUGAAGUCAGACAUGGAGCCCUUCCACAUGGUUUCCUUGUAGAAACAGCAUCCUUUAAAGUUGCAGCAUCACCAUUGCUGGAUCCAAUCUGGUGCUCCACAGACAUGCCAAGAUCAGAAGAGAUUAUGACUCUUAAUUGUAAAAUUCAUUCUUAUUUUCCCCAAACAAUUGAUGUGCAUUGGGGUGUAGACAAUGAACAACUUCCAGAAGAGCCGUUUUUAAGUGAUCCUAUGAAAGCAACAGACGGGCUUUUUUUCUGCACUAGCAGUAUAAAGUAUCUUCCAAAAGCAGCAGAUUCUGGAAAGAGAUUCUCAUGCAAAACGAACCUGAGAGGCUCACAUCACUCCAGAGAAUCUGUUUGGACAAUGAAAACUGUGGUGUGUACUCCAAAAGUCUCUCAAAUUGGUUGUGACCCCUUUGUGCCAGAGUGUGGGAAAGCCAUCACUUUGUCUUGUUUCAUGAAAGAUUUCAAUCCACCUGAGUUCGACAUCUGUUGGAGAAGAGGCUUUGAAAAACUCACUCAUGCUCAAAUUAAUACAGAAGAGCCAUAUCUGAACACAACAUCCAAUCUGUACUGCAUGAAAAGUCAAGCAUCAUUUACACCUAAGCCAGAAGAUCAUGGGAUAGAGUUUGUGGUUGAAAUUAACCAUUGCAACAAAACUAUAAGAAAUACAUACAGACUUACAUUAAAAGGUUUUCCCAAGAUUUCAGAUAUCAUUGUUGAUCCAAGUGAUGCUGAAUAUGGAAUUCCUUUGUUUUUAACAUCUAGUGUGCUGGAUUUCUAUCCAAAAGACAUUAAUAUUCAGUGGUUUCAUGGUGAUGAUUUAAUAAGCAAAGAUGUACUCACAGAAUGGCCAGCAGAAGACCAAAAGGAUUCUUUCAAUCUGUUGUCUAGGCUACAGCUGAAGCCAACAGCUUUAGAUUACGGCAAAAAGAUUUGUUUCAAAGUAAUGCACAAGAAGCUGACAAAACCCAUUACAAAAAGUUUAUAUUUAAAGCUCCCAGCUAAACCUCCUAUUGUGUCUGAAAUAACAGCAAUAUCAGAGCAAUCUGGGAAGGUCUCCUAUGAAAUUUCCAUAACUAAUUUUUCACCAUGUCAUUUACGAGUGGUGUGGUACAAAGACUGGAAAAAAUUAUCUGAAGUGAGUGAUCCCAGUAACAUUUCCAUUGAAGAAAACAAGCUAUGUUCUUUUACCAGCAAAAUACAAAUCAGUAGAAAAGAAACAGACACUGGGAAGUCAAUCAGAUGUGAGGUUUAUCACCCUCAAACAAAUUCAUUUCAAGAAAAAAGCUUUGUGCUAAAAAGCAAAGAUUUCUUUAGCACCCUUGAACAAAUACCCAUGUUACCUUCUGUGCAGAACCAUUUAGGCACUUCAAGAAGCUGUAAUAUCAUCAGUGAAGAAGUCCUUAAUCCAUUGAAGAUAGAAUGUAUCACAAGUAGCCCAAAGUCAGGUGAGAAUGUGACACUUCACUGUUUAGUACAUGGGAAAAGAGCAGAUGGAGCUUAUGUUUCCUGGUACAAGGGAUUGUUUCCAGUUGAUGGAAAAAUAGAGAACAUCAGCUGCAAUGAUGGAUCUGGUUUUAUUUCUUAUGUAACUUUUAAAACUGAAGAAGAAGAACAAAAAUGUGAAAUCAGAUGUGAAGUUUCUGCAGAUGUUGAACACUGGGAAGAAACAUACAUUUUGGAACUUGGAAAAAGCAAUGUCACAAGAAGAUAAUGACCAUCUACAAGCAAACUUCAGUGCCUGGUAUUUUCAUACAGUUUAUACUAAUUUAUAAAAGAUGAGGGCCCAAUAGACUACUCCUUCAGGGACUAUCCAUGGGUUGCUUCUACUUGGAGACAAUUUUCUGAGAACACCUACUUUCCACUGUGAAUGAACAGGCAUUCACAGUGGCAGCAGAGCACCCACAUGGAAGUUUUCUCCAGACUUACUUUGACUCAGCCCUCCAUAGCGGCCAUUCACACACACACACCCCAGCCACCAGUGGGCUUUUUCAUGGUUUCUUUUAAAAUGGAAAAUUGCUAGCUUUGUGUAGCAUUUUAACAUCAUAAUGGUUUAUUGCAACAAUGUACAAGUCCUUGGAUUUGAUUUUGAAGUCUAGCCACUUUUGCUGUGGAGUUAUAAGGAGAAAUGUGUAGCCAGUGACUGUCCACAUCAAUCUUUGCUGCAACAUCAUGUGGAUGUUUCCAAAUACAGUGCUGCAGUAAGAAAGCCAAAGUGGAGCAAAACAUGUCUAUGGAAACAGCCAUUGCUGUCUAUUAAAAUAUGGACAGGCAAAUAAAUGUUUUAGUGAAAUUCAUCACGGCAGCAUAUU